AUGAAUAAAUUUUAUAUUCAAAUUGUUUUUUUUCUUUUAAGUGUCUCAGUGUAUAUGAAUAAUGAAACCCUCGCAGCUGAGGCUGCUCCAGGAAAAGAUAAAAAAUCCAAAUCAAAAGUUCGUUAUUCUACUCCAGAAGAAAUAUAUAAACAAAACAAGGGUCUAUUAUGUACCAAUCCCAACGAAAUAACAAAUGCAGUCAAACUUAUGAAUGAAGCUGCAAGACAUUUAGAACAUCAUGCUACAUGUAAUGAUGAUUAUAAACCGCGAAAAUGGGAUUCAAAUUUGAAUCAUUUUUUAUACAAAAAAAAACAUGGAGAUACAGUUGUUCAAAAAAUGAAAUUAACAUAUUAUCAUGGCCAUAUGUAUAAUGAAAUAACAAACAUAUUAUGGGAUCCUGCUCUUGCAAAUAAGUUCAAUAAUGGCUCUGUUAAAAGAAAAAUUGCCCGUGUCUACAACCCAAAUUUAGUGAUAAUACAGCAACGUUACAAAAGUUGGUUUGGGGGCCCUCAGAAAUAUUUUUAUGCUUUAGCUGCAAAGUUUGAUAUAUCAGAAAAAAAAACUAUAAUUGUCAUGACUUCACCAAAUAUAAAUGAUCACCACCCUUCCAAGAAAGAAUAUAAAAACACAAUAAUAGAAAGCGCAAAUUUGUUCAAAAUUGACAUUGAUUCUGAAAAUGAUAUUAGAAAAGGAAAAUUGAAAAAAACAUUUGUUAACAUAGCUGGAUACCUCAUUGAAAAAAAAGGCCCUUAUGUUAAUAUCACCUAUCUCGAAUCUAUUGAUGGGCAUACUUCCAAUUAUGAAGAUUUAAUUAAUGUAAGGCAUUUAAAUAAAUUUUUUUCAUUAAAAUAA